AUGGCAACAAGUGCAGGAAGCUUCAGCGUCCCGAGUUCGGUGCCCUGGGCCGACUUGGCCUUCAAGUCGAUGCCCGACCCGUCGGCCAAAGCACUACCCUACCUCAUCACAGCGAUCCUACUCGCCUUUGCUGUGUACUCGCUCAGCCACAGCAGCAGGCUGGGGUGGGCGGACGACGGCAUCCCGCACCUCAACCCGCGGGGGCCGCUCGAGUUCACCGACGCGGGGCCCAAGAAGCAGUUCGUGGCGGGCGCGCGGCAGCUAGUGGCAGCGUGGUUCGCGGCGCACCCAGACCGACCAGCGCGCAUGACGAGCGACUUUGGCGACGUGACGCUGCUGCCACCGAGCCUGGCCAACGAGAUCCGCAACGAUGAUCGCCUGAGCUUCUCGCGCUGGACCUACAAAGCCUUCCACGCCCACCUGCCCGGCUUCGAGGGCUUCCGCGAGGGCAGCCGCGACUCGCACAUUGUCCAGGCCGUCAUCCUGAAGGAUCUCACAAAGUACCUAAACAAGGUCACGGCGCCGCUGUCCGAGGAAACGGGGCUGACCCUCGCUGAACUGCUGCCCACCGGGGAUGGCAAAGAAUGGCAAACAAUCAACCUGCGCGAGACCAUGCUGCGAGUCGUGGCGCGCAUCUCGUCGCGCGUGUUCCUGGGCGAGGAGCUGUGCCGCGACGAGGCGUGGCUAGACGUGACGCGCAACUACACGCUGGCGGCGAUGGCAGCCGCGGCGGAGCUGCGGCUGUGGCCUUCGCCUACACGUCUCGUCGUGCACUGGUUCCUGCCGUCGUGCCGGCGGGCGCGGGCGCUAGUCGCAGCAGCGCGCCGCGCCAUCGAGCCCGUGCUAGAGCAGCGGCGGCGGGCCAAGCGGGAGAAUGCCGAGUCGGCGGCCAUGUUCGACGACGCGCUCGAGUGGUUCGAGCGGACGGCCGGCGGCAGGGACUAUGAUGCGGCCAUCGCCCAGCUGUCCAUCUCCAUGGCCGCCAUCCACACUACGACUGACCUCGUGUGCCAGGUGCUGCUGGACUUGGCCGCGCACCCAGACGUGGUCGAGCCACUGCGCGAGGAGAUUGCCGCCGCGCUUCGUGACGGCGGCUGGCGCAAGACGUCGCUGUACAACAUGCGCCUACUAGACAGCGUCAUCAAGGAGACCCAGCGCCUGAAGCCCAUUGGCAUUGUGGCGAUGCGCCGAGUCGCUCUCUCAGACGUGACGCUCUCCGACGGGACGGCGAUCCACAAGGGCAGCGUGGUAGCCGUGUCGAGCCACGGCAUGUGGGACGAGGCGGUGCACGCCAACGCAGACACGUGGGACGGGCAGCGGUUCCUGCGCAUGCGCAGCGGCAGCGGCGGCGAGCACGCGGCGCAGUCGGUCAGCACGGGGCCGGACCACCUGGCGUUCGGGCACGGGCGCCACGCGUGCCCCGGCCGCUUCUUCGCCGUCAACGAGGCCAAGAUCGCCCUCGCCCACCUGCUGCUCAAGUUCGACUGGCGCCUGCCCGCCGGCGCGCCGCCGCCCGUGGCCCGCGCCAUGGGCUUCAACCUCGCUGCCGACCCGUUCGCCAGCAUGCAGUACCGCCCGCGCGAGCCCGAGGUCGAUGUUGAUGCCCUGUAG